UGAGUUCUUCUAAAUGACCUCUGGCAAGUACGACAGAUGUAAGGCCACCCUUGAUGCAGAGAUGACAAGUUAGCAUUGUAUUUAAAUUCCGGUACUCGAUCAGUGCGCGUGCGCUAGCAUAACAACAUACUCAAGUGCAUCCACUGUGGAGUUCAUGGCCCAUUCUAACCCACAACUAUCUACGAAUUUUAACUCUGAGUGCAGUUAUUAGUUUUCCAUUAUCGCUAGCUAGGGUGAGACCCCAUCCUCUGGAAAAGCGCAUGGGAGGAUCACAAUCAAAAUCGAUAUCGUCUGCAGAAAGAGGUAAGCAAGGCGUGACGCAAGUAAAUCGAAAGCGGAACUUUUACAACAAGGAUUUGGAGGAGAGGCGGUGAAACAGUUGGGCUUUAGCCCGUUUAAUAUCCUGAUUUUAGGUGAUGCAGGCAGUGGAAAGUCUUCGCUCAUCAACACGUUUAUUUCUGCCAUGCGAAGCAGCACUGACAUGGAAGGGUACUGCGGACCCGCUUUGAUCCUACAAGGUAAAAGCGGUAGUUCAAGCAACCCUUGCAAGCCCUACAUCCUCAACAUCAAUUCAGACGUAGUGCUCUAUGACACUUGUGACGUCUAUACAGGUCAGGAAACGAUAGACAAAACGCUCUCUAGAACAAUUGAAGGCAAAAUGGACGACUGCUCCAAAUCACCGCAUGCCGCCAACAGAAAAACCAAAAUUCAUCUAGUCGUGUUUUGUGUUAAUGCGACUGACCCAUGGGCACAGAUAGAAGGAGUUACUCCGUCAGACUUGGUUCCUCUCCAGGUAAUGGCAACAUUGAUGAAGAAGAUAGAGAACCAAAAAGGUAUUUGUUCGGCUGUCGUUAUGACCCACUGUGAUACCCUGAGCUCUCGAGUCCUAGAAAGCCAUUCUCCAGAAAAUCUCUGGAGUCUACCAGAAGUCAAACAAAGAAUCACUAACAUUUCUACAUCAACAGGACUCUCACAAGACAUAAUACUUCCCAUGAUGGCACCAACUGACAGUCUCAAUGUGCAACCUAUAGUGGAAUACAACGCCGUAUUUGUCUUAAACGCACUCUCUAAAAUUACGGAAGAAUAUUGUAUUGGAAACAAGCAACUUUUUCAAGGAAAGGGUCUUCAAUUGCAGUUGGCACAAACAGCACAAAGACAGUGUCCUGCCGAUUGGUCUCGGUACCAAGGCAGUCUUCUUGAUCACGGGAACGCUUACGAGCUGACGGACGUCUCGCAAGCGGUCAAAACGUCAGUAUCUAAUAUAAUGCACGCAACGUGGGAAAGCAGACACGUUGGAGUUGGACGCGAUUCGAAAGGGCUAACUCACUCCUCCUUCCAAAUUACUGAAGUCAAAAGAUUGGAGAAUCCAGCUUUGUUUCACCAAUAUGACGCUAAACUGGAUCUAUUGAAGAAAGAAACCUUCUCUCCUCCAAAUCCGCCAGUAUUGACUGCAAAUGAUAAGGCAUUUUGUCAGCAUCUCAAUUCUGAGGUUAAUGAGUUCUACUUGUGGCAUGGUACCAAAGAAGAAAGAAUACAAGCGAUCUGCCAAAAUGGGUUUGAUUUCCGGUUAGCGAAAUACGGUAUGUUUGGAUCUGGCGUUUACUUUGCGGAGAAAUCCUCAAAAUCGGACGAAUACACAGACUUUCGAAACAAGAGAAAAGAAGGGAAAAAGUACAUGUUUUUGGCUCGUGUGAUGCUUGGUAGUCACUACCUAGCUGCUAAAACAGCAUCAGACAUGAGGAGACCACCCUGCCUUGUCAGCAGCUGUUCAGAUCAGUUCUGUUCUCACCAGCGUCACGAUUCGGUGAUUGGAGAUAUGCCAGGGAGAUUGAAAGCUCGAGAGUUUAUAGUUUAUGAUCAUACUUUGUGUUACCCGGAAUAUCUAGUCACGUACGUUAGACAAUGAACAAAUGACUUGUUUGACAGCUACCUGCUCGACGUCUAACAAUUGCAGAAUAAUUUAAUCGGACGAAUAUAUACACAGGCAAGUGAUAA